AUGCCUAGAAUUUUGUUGAUUGCGUGCGCUUUUAUUUUCGUGUUUAAGUCUGCUGUAAGCCAAUGUGCUGGCCGUAUUGGUUCGUUGCGGGCUGGCCCACUCGACGGGUGGGGUUACGAUAGUCUGGGCUAUGAUGGCUUCGGUAUUGGCGGCUGGAACGGCCGCGGCUGUGGAGGUCUAGGCGAUGAGAUAGCCGCUGCUGCGGCGCUGGGAGCCUCUCACGGCGGCACGCUCGCUGUCGUCUCAACCUCAGCCGCUCCUACCGGUCUGGGCAUAGCGUCUGAGAAUAUUUACGAGGGUUCAGUCGGUGUCUGCGGUAACCUGCCCUUCCUGGGUACUGCUGAUGUCGCGGGCGAGUUCCCAACAGCUGGGCUUGGCGGUAUCUACUAUGGCUGUGGGGAUGGUGCUGUUGCCAUCACCGCGGAGAAUGGUAUUUCCGGUCUUUCUGGUUUCGGAUACGCGCCGGCCGCCGCUGUAGCUACUCCCGCCUUGGCCGGUCCCACCAUUGGCUACGGAACCGGAAUCUCUUCCCUGGGCUACAAUGGCGCUGGUCGGGGCUGUGGUUGUGGCCCAGCACCCUAUGGCUACUAG